AUUUGCAUCUCGUUACAUGCCCAUGUCAUCGAUCGAAAUCAAAACAAAUAAUUCAGCUUUUCAAUGGUAUCAUCGAAUGUCCUCAAUUUUUCAAGAGCAUCUUGCAAUUGUCGCCGGUAAAAUCGGAGAAUUCCAAUAUUCUCUUAAAUUGCGGAUAGAAGAAUUUCACGAGGACCUAAAAUUAUAUAAAAAACAGGGCGAUGAAAUGCAGUGGUGGGAUAACAUCGAUGAAAUCUUUCGUUAUAAGAAAAAAGCAGACAGAUUAAAUAAUCGUUUGAUUAAUGCACUGGAAGCUAUAGAUAAUUUUAAUAAAGAGGAAGAAAUAUUUGGCUGGGAAUUGUCACAGUAUCCUUUACGAAAGAAGAUUGCCGAUAAUUUAACGCCGUAUAAAAAAUUUUACGACAUUGCCUGUGAAUUUCUGUCCAACUAUUCGAAAUGGAUGAAUUCAAUGGUUGGUAGUUACGAUCCAGAUGACAUAGAAAAUGACUCUGGCACGGCAAUUCGUUCUAUAUAUAAAUUGUCGAAAAGCUUCAAUGUGCCGGCGCUUCGAAAAUUAUCAGAGAUUGUGAGUACAACCAUUGAGGAAUUCAGAGAACACAUGCCCGUUAUUAUGACGUUAGGUAAUCCAGGAAUGAAGACUCGACAUUGGGAACUAAUUUCUGAAAUUGUCGGUUUUCCAAUUAAAGUCGAUAUUCAUACGACGCUAUCCAAGAUUAUAGAUUUUGGGCUUGACGAUUAUGUCCCUAAAUUUGAAAGUAUAUCGGAAGCAGCAACAAAGGAGAACAAUUUGGAGAAAGCACUUAUAAAGAUGCGCGAAGAAUGGAUUGGCAUUCAGUUUAUUGUGAGUAUUUAUCGAGACACGGGAACAUUUAUUUUUUCCGGAAUAGAUGACAUUCAAUUGCAAUUGGACGAUCACGUCACUAAAACUCAAACAAUGAAGAACUCAAUUUAUAUUAAAGCAUUUGAAAAGGAAACAUUGGAAUGGGAAGUAAAAUUGCUUUUACUUCAAGAUAUCAUCGACUAUUGGUUGAAAGUACAAGCAACUUGGAUGUAUCUCGAACCAAUAUUUUCGUCCCCGGAUAUUCAACAACAAAUGCCGGAGGAAGGGCGAAGAUUCAGCGCAGUCGAUAAAAUAUGGAGAGAUAUAAUGUUAAACGUAGAAGAAAAUCCCGAUGUGAUGGUUGUUAUUGAAAUCGAUAAGAUGCUCGAAAGGCUGAAAAAAUCAACAAAUCUGUUGGAAUUAAUUCAAAAGGGUCUCAAUGAAUAUUUGGAAAAGAAACGACUUUAUUUUCCAAGAUUUUUCUUUCUGUCUAAUGAUGAAUUAUUAGAAAUUCUUUCGGAAACUAAGGAUCCAACUCGGGUGCAGCCACAUUUGAAAAAAUGUUUCGAAGGCAUAGCAAGAUUAAUCUUUACCGAAGAUUUGAAAGUUACCACCAUGAUCUCAUCCGAGGGUGAAGAAGUUAUUUUAGAAAAUCUUAUCGAUACUGUAGCUGCCAAAGGUCAAGUAGAGAAAUGGCUAGUGGAAUUAGAGAAAUACAUGAAAAAAAGUGUUCGAGCUCAGGUUAUUCAUGCAAAGAACGCGUAUGUAAAAAAACUGAGGAAAGAUUGGGUCUUGGAUUGGCCGGGUCAGACUAUUUUAUGUAUUUCACAACUCUAUUGGACCUCCGAUGUGAUAAAUGCAAUGCCUAAAGCACCAGUUAGUCUGAAGAACUAUGUUCAACGUUGUAUCGACGAAUUGGGAGAAAUUGUAAAACUUGUGCGAGGCAAAUUAUCGAAGCAAAACCGUACGACUCUUGAAGCUUUAGUAACUUUGGAUGUGCACGCGAGAGACGUAUUAAUUGAAUUGUGCAAUAGUGAUGUUAACAACGCUUCUGACUUUAAAUGGAUCAGCCAAUUGAGAUACUACUGGAUGGAUAAAAAUUUAAUUACGAUGAUGAUAAAUGCUUCGCUUCAUUACGGUUACGAAUAUUUGGGAAAUACCGGUCGGCUCGUUAUAACGCCAUUAACGGAUAGAUGUUAUCGAACACUUUUUGGAGCACUGUGUUUAAAUCUUGGUGGUGCACCGGAAGGUCCGGCAGGAACCGGAAAAACUGAAACCACAAAAGAUUUGGCGAAAGCAGUUGCCAAACAGUGCGUUGUAUUCAAUUGCUCCGAUGGAUUGGAUUACAUUGCUCUUGGAAAAUUCUUCAAAGGACUCGCAGCAUCUGGAGCCUGGGCCUGUUUUGAUGAGUUUAACCGUAUCGAUUUAGAGGUACUUUCAGUGGUAGCUCAACAAAUUUUAACAAUUCAGAGGGCAAUAAGUGCGAAGCAAGAUACAUUGAUUUUCGAAGGAACGACGUUAAAUGUAAAUCCGGCAUGCGCUAUAUUUAUUACUAUGAAUCCGGGAUACGCUGGUAGAUCGGAACUGCCAGAUAACUUGAAGGCAUUGUUUCGCUCAGUAGCCAUGAUGGUACCAAAUUAUGGUCUCAUCGCUGAAAACACUUUGUACUCCUUUGGCUUCCAUAAUGCCCAACCAUUGUCCGUGAAAAUUGUUACGACAUAUCGCUUGUGUUCGGAACAAUUAUCAACUCAGUGCCAUUAUGAUUAUGGUAUGAGAGCCGUUAAGUCUGUUCUAACAGCAGCUGGUAAUUUGAAAUUAAAAUAUCCCGAUGAAAACGAGGAUAUUUUAAUGCUACGUAGUAUUCGGGAUGUUAAUUUACCGAAAUUCUUGAAUCCAGACAUCCCACUAUUCAAUGGAAUAAUGUCGGAUCUAUUUCCCAGUGUUGUUUUACCCGAGCCCGAUUAUACGGAUUUGAAUGCAUGUAUUGCCGAAGCAUGUAGGCGUGUAAAUAUUCAAUGCGUACCCGAAUUUCUAUUUAAAAUCCAACAGAUUUACGAAAUGAUGAUAGUUCGACAUGGAUUUAUGAUCGUCGGUCUUCCCUUUGGAGGAAAAUCUACGGCUUAUAGAAUUCUAGCGGCAGCUCUUGAAUUGUGCGAAGAGAGAAAUUUAAUUGAUGAGCGCAAGGUAGAAAUAACGAUAAUCAAUCCUAAAUCGAUAACGAUUGGACAAUUGUAUGGGCAAUUUGAUCCUGUAUCUCACGAGUGGCAAGAUGGUAUUUUAGCCAUUAGCUAUCGUGCUUUUGCUACGUCUACGAAUAACAAUCGAAAAUGGCUUAUAUUUGACGGGCCAAUCGAUGCGAUAUGGAUUGAAAAUAUGAAUACUGUACUCGAUGAUAAUAAAAAAUUGUGCUUAAUGAGUGGAGAAAUCAUUCAGCUAGCACCAACGACAAAUUUAAUUUUCGAGCCAAUGGAUUUGGAAGUGGCAUCUCCAGCCACUGUGUCACGAUGCGGUAUGAUUUAUAUGGAGCCGUCCAGUUUGGGUUGGACGCCUUAUUUAAAGUCGUGGAUUGGAACGAUUCCUUCGCUAUUAAACGAUUGGUUUAAGAAAUUCAUUUACGAAUCACUAUUUUUAAGAUUUUGCAAGCCACUCUUUUAUCUAUUGAGAAGAUUGGGCGUUACGGGGAAAGGCAGGUGGAAACUUUGGUCGGACGAAUUGAUGAAUGCGCCUCCGAUUUCAAGAGAUAUUCCCGUUAAUCAAAUAAUCGUGCCGACGGUGGAAACUAUACGAUAUACGGCGCUAUUUCAGCUAUUGGUUCAACAUCAAAAACCAGUACUUUUUGUUGGGCCAACGGGCACUGGGAAAUCCUUUUAUGCGAUAAACUUUCUUUUAAAGAAAAACGACUUGUCCAUUUAUAAGCCACUAUUCAUCAACUUUUCCGCACAAACGUCGGCCAAUCAAAUUCAAGAUCUUAUAGUGAGCAAAUUGGAUAAAAGAAGAAAAGGUGUGUAUGGGCCACCCGUGGGUAAGCGUUGGGUAAUUUUCGUUGACGAUGUGUCGAUGCCGACGAAGGAGGAGUACGGUGCUCAGCCAUCCAUUGAGCUGCUGAGGCAAUUGCUCGACCAAUCCCAAUGGUAUGAUAGAAAGGAUGGCACAGCAAUUAAAUUGAUCGAGCUUCAGUUAAUGUGUGCAAUGAGUCCUCCUAUAAAUGGUGGUAAGGACAUCACGCCGCGAUUUAAACGUCACUUCUUCGUUACGACGAUUUCCAACUUUUCUGAUGAGGUUAUGAUCGCUAUAUUCAGCAAAAUUGUUCUCUGGCAUCUUGACACAAGUAAAGAAUUUGAUCCAUGUAUCGAUCAAAUAGUAUUAGCAACAUUGGAUAUAUAUAAGAGGAGUCUGAUGUAUUUAUUACCGACGCCAACUAAAUCGCACUACUUAUUUAAUCUCCGGGAUUUUUCAAGACUAAUCCAGGGUGUACUCUUGUCAGUUCCGGAAUCGAUGCCCACCCUCGACAGUAUGAAAAAGCUCUGGACUCAUGAGGUACUUCGAGUUUUUGGCGACAGAUUGGUUGAUCAAAAUGAUAUCAAUUGGCUUGUUCAGCAACUGCGACUUACAUUGGCAGAGAAAAUGGACGCUAAUUUAGAUACAUUAUUUUCUGAACUGAAAGCCGAUAAAGAUACAGCAGUUGGUGAAAUGGAAUUAAGAAAUCUGCUUUAUUGUCAUUUUGGCAAUCCCAAAGCUGACCAGCCACUCUAUCAGGAAGUUAAGGACUUGGAAUUAUUGCGCAGCAUAGUUGAGAAUUAUCUGAACGAGUAUAACUCCAUGACGAAGAAGCCAAUGAAUCUCGUGCUGUUUGGCUUUGCCAUUGAGCAUCUCUCUAAAAUCGCUCGCAUUAUUAAUCAGCCGAGAAGUCACGCGCUUGUAAUCGGAGUUGGUGGCUCCGGACGUCAGUCGCUUACGCGAUUGGCCUCGCACAUCUGCGAUUAUGAGAUUUAUCAGAUCGAACUUACUAAAACAUAUGGGCAAUAUGACUGGCACGAGGAUAUUAAGAAAAUUCAGAUAAAAACCACGGCGACCGAGUGUCAUUCGACAUUUUUAUUCACAGACUCGCAAAUCAAGGAAGAAAGCUUUCUUGAAGAUAUAAAUAAUAUGCUAAAUACAGGAGAGGUGCCAAAUCUCUUUUCUAACGAGGAGAAAGCGGAAAUUUGCGAGAGAAUGCGACAAUUCGAUCGUCAACGUGAUAAAUCGUUACAAACCGAUGGUAGUCCCGUCGCACUUUUUAAUUUAUUCAUUCAGAUAGCUCGCGAUCAGCUACAUAUUGUAAUAUCAAUGUCACCUAUCGGCGACUCUUUAAGAAAUAGAAUUAGAAAAUUCCCGGCGCUCGUUAACUGUUGCACUAUCGAUUGGAUGCAGCCUUGGCCAGCAGAUGCUCUAUCGGCUGUAGCAAUGAAGUUUCUUAGUGAAAUUCGGCUGACAAGUUUGGAGUUUACAGCUUGCGUUGACAUGUGCCAAUAUUUUCACGUUGCAACGCAAUCUCUCAGCAAAGAGUUUUUCGAUCGUCUCGGAAGACACACAUACGUUACACCAACAUCAUACUUAGAAUUAAUCAGUACAUUUAAAAAUCUCUUGGCUAUAAAAAGAAGUGAAAUAUUGUUGAGCAAAACACGAUACGAAGGUGGGCUCUGUCGAUUGGAUGAAACUCAACAAGAUGUUGUAGACAUGCAAGAGACAUUAAAACGUUUGCAACCUCUUUUAGUAACCGCCGCUGACGAUGUGCAGAAAAUUGUUGAUCAUAUUGAAAAAGAAAGUAACGACGUUGCUGAAGUCGAAAAAGUCGUCAAAAUUGACGAGGAAGCUGCGUUGGCAAUCGCGGCCAAAGCAUCAGCAAUAAAGGCGGAGUGCGAUGCUAAUCUUGCUGAAGCCAUGCCAAUAUUAUUGGAGGCGCAAAGCGCUUUAAAUACCCUCACAAUGGCAGAUAUUGCUGUGGUGAAAGCAAUGAAAAAUCCUCCCGCUGGUGUAAAACUCGUGAUGGAGAGCAUUUGCAUUUUAAAAGACUUGAAAGCCGAAAGAAUAAUGCAGCCUAGCGGUAGGAUUGCGGAGGAUUAUUGGAAGGUCUCGUUGAAAGUUUUGAGUGACGUUAAAUUUUUGGAUACCUUAGUGAAUUACGAUAAAGAUAAUAUACCGGAACAAGUGAUUGAAAAAAUUCGCAAGGAUUACUUGACAAACGUAAACUUCGAUCCGAAUAAAAUAAAAAGUGCCUCGACCGCUUGCGAGGGUUUAUGCAAGUGGGUUUAUGCCAUAUCGGAUUACGAUAAAGUAACGAAAGUCGUCGCACCAAAAAAGAAAGCACUGGCCGAGGCCCAAACUGUGUACGAUAAGGCUCUGGCUAAAUUAAACAUUAAGCGCGAACAGCUACGCGAAGUUCAGAUGAAACUAGCCACACUAAAAGACAAUUUGCAAUCGAAAAAAACAGACUAUCAGAAGAUGAUGGUUAAUGUAUCGGACUGUGAGGAAAAAUUAAAACGCGCGGAAGAAUUGAUCGGUGGCUUGGGGGGCGAAUAUGCGCGUUGGUCUUUAAAUGCCAAAGAACUAGGCGAGAGAUACGAUCGAUUAACGGGAGAUAUAAUGAUAGCAUCUGGAGUAAUUGCCUAUUUGGGUCCAUUUACGACUUUGUUUAGAAAUAAACAAAUCGAGGAUUGGGUAGAAUUUUGUACGAGCCUCAACAUUAUUUGCACAAAAGAUUUUCUACUUAGAGACAUUUUAGGCAUACCUGUUUUAAUAAGAUCUUGGCAUAUCUUUGGCUUACCCACUGACUCGUUUUCAGUGGAUAAUGGUAUAAUUGUUAAAAAUACAAGACGUUGGCCAUUAAUGAUUGAUCCACAAAGUCAGGCAAAUAAAUGGAUUAAAAAUAUGGAAAAAGAGAAUAAUUUAAGUAUUAUUAGAUUAAGUCAGAAUGACUAUUCGCGAAUCUUGGAAAAUGCAAUACAAUUUGGCCAACCUGUUCUACUCGAAAAUAUCGAAGAAGAGCUCGACGCUAUGCUAGAGCCUAUAUUAAUGAAGCAAAUUUUCAAACAAGGCGGUACUUUAUGUAUAAAACUCGGCGAUGCGGUGAUCGAGUAUAGUGACGAAUUCAGAUUAUACAUAACGACAAAAUUAAGAAAUCCACAUUAUUUGCCAGAAAUUGUCGUAAAAAUAACUUUGAUCAAUUUUAUGAUUACAUCGAAUGGGUUGGAGGAUCAAUUGUUAGGUAUCGUCGUGGCUAAGGAAAGGCCAGACUUAGAGGCUGAAAAAAAUUCUUUGAUUAUUCAGGGGGCUGCAAAUAAAAAACUUCUGAAAGAUACAGAGGAUAAAAUUUUAGCACUUCUUUCGGCAUCCGAGGGAGAUUUACUCGAGGAUGAGGAAGCCAUUAGAGUUUUAAGCUCCUCAAAGACCUUAAGUAAUGAAAUUCAAUUGAAACAAACGGUAGCCGAAGUAACUGAAAAAACCAUCGAUUCGACGAGAUUGAAAUAUUCGCCAAUUGCUGUGUAUAGCACCGUUCUCUUCUUCACCACGACCGACUUAGCAAAUAUCGAUCCAAUGUAUCAGUAUUCGUUAAAUUGGUUUGUCAAUCUUUUCAAAUUGGCCAUCGAUAAUACGGAACAAGUGGAGGAAGUGGACAUUCGUAUAAACGAUCUCAAGAAAUAUUUCACUCGCUCUCUAUAUAAAAAUAUAUGCAGAUCUCUUUUUGAGAAGGAUAAGUUCCUCUUCUCGUUAUUACUAACGAUCAAUCUAUUAAAAAGCGAAGGCAAAUUGUCCAACAGACAAUGGAUGUUUAUUUUGACGGGUGGCAUUAGUCUCAACGAUCCGUAUCCAAAUCCACAUAUCUGGUUACCCCUGCAAGCUUGGAAAGAAGUCUGUAGGCUCGAUGAUAUUCUGGAGUUUAAGGGUAUAAAAAGUUCAUUCGUGAACGAUGGCCACGACUGGAAAAUUGUUUAUGAUUCCAAGGAGCCGCAACAUGAACAAUUCCCAGAGCCAUUCCAAGCCUUAACGCCAUUCGAAAGAAUUUUAGUCUUAAGGUGUCUUCGGCCCGAUCGAGUGAUACCGGCAGUGCACAUUUUUGUCGAAUCUGAACUCGGAGCAGAGUACGUGGAAGCGCCUCCCUUUGAUUUAGUAUCGUCAUACGCAGAUUCAAAUUGCUCGAUACCGCUUAUAUUCAUAUUGACUCCCGGUGCUGAUCCAAUGCAACUUUUGCUGAAAUUUGCCGAAGACCAGGGUUUCGGAUCAAAUAAAUUAUUCUCCCUGUCUCUUGGUCAAGGUCAGGGACCGAUCGCCAUGCAAAUGAUAAGCGACGGCGUGAAAGAUGGUUAUUGGAUCAUUCUUCAAAAUUGCCAUCUGGCUAAAAGCUGGAUGGGCACCCUGGAGAAAGUCUGCGAGGGCUUAAUGCCCGAUACCAUUCAUCCGGACUUUCGUCUUUGGUUGACCAGCUAUCCGGUCGAUCACUUCCCCGUUGCGGUCCUUCAGAACGCGAUAAAGAUAACGAACGAGCCGCCAAAAGGUUUGCGCGCCAACAUUAUCAAGUCCUACAUGAGCGAUCCAAUAAAUGAUUUGGAAUUCUUCGAAUCGUGCAAUCAGACCGAUAUCUUCAAGAAAUUUUUGUACGCCCUCUGCUUCUUCCAUGCUUCGAUUCAAGAAAGACGUAAAUUCGGGCCCAUUGGAUGGAAUACCCCAUACGAAUUUAACGAGACGGAUUUGCGAAUAAGCGUACUACAACUUCACACGUUUUUGGAUCAGUACAAUGACGUUCAAUACGAUGCUUUGAUUUAUUUGACAGGGGAGUGUAAUUAUGGUGGUAGGGUUACCGAUGACUGGGAUCGUCGAACACUCAUCGCCAUUCUUCAAAUAUUCUACUGCAGGGAGCUUCUGUCACAAGACAAGUAUUAUUUUGACUUGACCAGCGAUAUUUAUUAUAGUCCUAGCUUCAAGGAGUACGACGCAUACGUAACGUACACGAAGAAAUUCCCCAUAAUUACGGAACCUAGUGUUUUCGGACUUCAUGAUAAUGCGAACAUCGUUAAAGAUAAUCAAGAAACCGAUCAACUCUUUUCAUCGCUAUUACUAACUCAAGAAAAAUCUCGCACCGACGCAGGCGGCGAUUCGGAUGAUGAAAUCGCAUACAAAAUAGCCUCCGGUAUUUUAUCCAAAUUGCCUGAAAAUUAUAAUUUACAAAAUGCAAUAGAAAAAUAUCCUACGUCGUACAAUCAAAGUAUGAAUACAGUAUUGGUUCAAGAAAUGGGUAGAUACAAUAAACUUCUUAAUUGCAUUCGUAAUAGUCUCGUAAACGUUCGAAGAGCUAUAAAGGGUAUCAUUGUAAUGUCUUUUGAACUUGAGCAAGUAUUUUAUGCACUACUGAUAGGGAAAAUUCCUGAUCUUUGGAAGCAAAAUUCAUAUCCAUCUCUUAAGCCACUUGAUAGCUAUGUCAAUGAUUUCUUGAAUCGCCUAAAAUUUUUACAAUUAUGGUAUGAUAAUGGCCCUCCUCCUACAUUUUGGCUAUCAGGAUUUUAUUUCACUCAGGCUUUUCUAACGGGUAUUCAACAAAAUUACGCAAGAAAGUAUCAGAUACCCAUUGACCUAUUAGUUUAUGAUUUUAAAGUGAUGAAGGAAAGUAAUUUUACUCAACCACCGGAGGAUGGUGUUUAUGUUUACGGACUCUUUUUAGACGGAGCUCGAUUUGAUAAAAAGAAAAUGAUCAUUGAAGAAAGUUAUCCGAAAAUUUUGUUUAACGAAAUGCCCUACAUCUGGUUAAUUCCAAAAAAGAAAGAUAAUGUUGUAGAACGCCUUUGCUACAUCUGUCCGCUAUAUAAGACAAGCGAAAGACGAGGUACUCUUUCUACCACGGGACAUUCGACGAAUUUUGUUAUUUCUGUGAAAUUGCCGACUGAAAAGCCUUCGACACAUUGGAUAGUGCGAGGUGUUGCAAUGCUCUGUCAAUUAUCGGAGUAAUUGUGUUAUCGUUAUCUAACACAAAGCUUGUACGUAAUGUUUUUCGAUUAAUAAACGAAAUGCAUUGGAAAAAGAAGAAAGAAAGAAAGAA